UUCUUCCAGCCCUCGUUGGCUUUUGCAAGAGUUGUUCCGUCGUCACUUUUUUUGGCACAGCAAAGCAUAAUGUCUGGGGGCAUUGAAGCUCUACAAUUGAAGGAAGAAGAUGUUGUGAAGCUACUUGCUGCUGGUGUUCAUCUUGGUGCCAGCAAUGUAAACUUCCAAAUGGAAAGUUAUGUCUAUAAACGAAAACCUGAUGGUGUUCACAUCAUCAACAUUAAAAAGACAUGGGAGAAGCUACUUCUUGCUGCUCGUAUUAUCGUUGGCAUUGAACAUCCUGAUGAUGUCUGUGUGAUCUCAGCCAGACCUUAUGGACAGCGUGCCAUCUUGAAGUUUGCCAGUCACACUGGAGCCACAGCUGUUGCUGGCCGCUUUACUCCUGGUACAUUCACCAAUCAAAUUCAAGCGGCCUUCAGAGAACCACGAUUGCUUGUUGUGUGUGAUCCACGCACUGAUAGCCGGCCUGUGACAGAGGCAUCCUAUGUGAACAUUCCUGUUAUUGCAUUCUGCAACACUGACUCUCAACUGCACGGUGUGGAUGUGGCAAUCCCAUGCAAUAACAAAGGUGCACAUGCUGUUGGUCUAAUGUGGUGGUUGUUGGCAAGGGAGGUGCUCCGCAUGCGUGGUAGUAUCAGCAGGCAAAUCAACUGGGAAAUUAUGCCUGAUCUUUACUUUUACAGGGAUCCAGAAGAGGCUGAAAAGGAAGAACAAGCUGCUGCCAUUCAACAUGCAGAAGAGCAGCCUGCUGCUCCUCCUCAGUACCCAAGUGAAUGGGGUGGAAGUACUGACCAGCAACCUGGAGAGUGGGGAGCUGAACCAAUGGGUACUCCUUCUUUACCAGCCACCUUGGGAGCCACUGAGGAGUGGGGUGCCUCCCGUGAAUGGACUGACACUGCUGCCCCUUCAGCAACUAAGGACUGGGCUGAAACCAAAGAUUGGGCGGCUGAACCAGCACCAAAAGAAUGGGGAGAGGAAAGUCUACAGCCAAGCAGUGACUGGGGUACCUCUGUCACCAUGCAGGAUUCCACAAGUGGUGGUGCAGAGUGGGCCUAGGUUGAAGCUGGAUAAAUACCCUCUUACUUGUCAAAAACCCUCUCUGAAAGAAACUGAAUAAAAUCUCCUGAAAUGUCUUAA